AUGAAGUUCUCCAACUCGCUUUUCUCCGCCGCGGCCGGACUAGGCCUCCUGGUGCAGGCCCAAGCCGCUGCUCUCGCCGGGCCUGUGAACCGCAACGCAUCUACUUCUGCGCGCAGGCUCCUGACCUAUCUCAACAAGACCACAAGCAACGGUACCACGCUCUCCGGCCAACAGGAACUUGAAGAUGCCGAAUGGCUGGCCCAAAACGUGGGUCACUCCCCCGCAGUCCUGGGAGUCGACUUGAUGGACUACUCGCCAUCAAGGGUGGAGCUCGGUGCCAAAUCCCACGCUGUCGAAGACGCCAUCUCAUACUCCAAGCGCGGCGGCAUCAUUACUAUCUGUUGGCACUGGGGCUCUCCCUCCGGAUCGAACACCUCGACCCCGGACGCAUGGUACAACAACUUCUACACCGAGGGCACCACAUUCAACCUCUCUUCGGCCAUCCAGCCAUCGUCUCCCGAUUACAAGCUGCUAGUCCGUGACAUCGACGCUAUCGCCAAGCAGCUCGCCCGGUUUAACGACACCCCCAUCCUUUUCCGUCCUCUUCAUGAGGCUGAUGGCGGCUGGUUCUGGUGGGGGGCAUCCGGCCCUGAGCCUUGCAAGGCUCUUUACUAUCUGCUCUUCGAUAGACUUACCAGGACUCACGGCCUUAACAACCUCCUCUGGGUGUGGAACUCUAAAGUACCUGAGUGGUACCCCGGGAACGACUUUGUGGAUGUUGUCAGCGUCGAUGUUUAUGCAGACAAGGGCGACCAUUCAUCGCAGAUUGCCGAUUACAGAGCUCUUCAGAAUCUAACUGGCAACUCUACAAAGCCAAUUGCACUAGGCGAGGUUGGAAACAUCCCUGACCCUGAGCAGAUGCACAAGGACGGUGCGAAGUGGGCGUACUGGCUUACAUGGAACGGGGACUUUAUCCGCGGCGAGGACAAGAACCCUUCCCAGUUCAAGAAGAAGGUCUAUUCUUCCAGAUUUGUUGGUACCUUGGAAUAG